UUGACUUUAAAGUCUGCAUUUUUAUAAUUCCUUUGUGUCCUGAUGCACCUAAAUGGUCCUUUUUCUUUACCUUCUGUCACUCUUGAGCCCCCCAUGAAACGAUAUCGCUGGGUUGUGCUGCCCCAGCCCAUGAAGAACAAUCCUGUUAUCGGUCACUUUGUCAUUCAUUCAGGGAUACAACCAGAACGGCACAAAUAACCAUCUCUUUUGAUGUAUCACUACAUGGAGAAAAUUUUAAAUCCUUCCGGCAGUUCUCCAUUACUGGGUGACUGUCUUGCUGCUUUAAAGGUAAUGCUUGACAGCACAGGCUUCUGCAUAGCCACAGAAAAAAUCCAAACUGAACCUCCCUGGAAAUACCUGGGUUUCCAAUUAUUGGAGACAACGGUCACCCCACAGCCAGUGACCAUAAAACCCAUAUACACACACUGAAUGCUUUGGAAAGUUGUUAGGCACUCUUAAUUGGAUCCAAGCUUUAGAGGGAAUCACCAUGAAGAAAUUAUCCCCCUUAUUUCAGCUGUAAAAUGAGACCCAGAUCUCCCUUCCCCAUGGCACUUGACAAAAACUUCCCAAAUGGCUUUACAGAUUGUAAGUGAUAACAUCAGUAACUUCUUUGCCACACGUCAAAAUUCAGAUUUUCCUUUGUGACUGCUUGUGAUUCUGCAAUCUUUCCAACCCUCUUAUUGGUCAGUGUGAUGUGCAGGAACAUCCUCUCUGCUUAAUAGGAGUGGGUUUUUCUGCCACACAUCUUUUCAAAAACUCUAACCGUUCCACUUGAGAUGCUUAUUCAGAUGCUGUCGAUGGGACGACUCCAGUGCCAGAGCCUGGCAGGAUAUGAUCCAGCAGUAAAACAUCUUCUUAUUCCUGCAACAGAAUUAGAGCAUCUGUUCAGGGAUUCACUGUCAUUUCAAAUUGCUCUUGAGGACUAUAAUGCACAAUUUUUUCACACAAUGCCUCGUCAUGCCCUGCUACAAUCCUUCAAGGGACUCCCCUUUCAACAAGGAUGACUUGAAAAGAAAACUCCAAUCCCUGGUGCAAAAACUGUUUUCACUGAUGGAUCGGGAAAGGCACACAAAGCUGUGACCCUGUGGAGAAAUGAUAAGGGACAGUGGGAACAUUCGAUAACCUCUCCACCUGGACCUACCCAGCUAGUGAAACUGGCAGCUGCGGUAGAAGCAUUUUGCCUUUUUUCACAGGAACCUAUUAACAUUGUUCAUGAUUCUCUUUAUGAUACAGGAAUCAUUGAGAGAAUUGAGCGCUCAUUCCUGAAGGAAGUCUCUAACAAAGUUCUUCUUCUGUUAUUAACCACUCUGUACAAAUGUUCACUUCACAGUCUCACGAAUACCACAUUCUGCACUUUGGGUCACACACCACUCUGCCUGGACCCGUAGUGGAAGGCAUUGUGAAGGCAGAUGCCCUCGCCAUGACAGUCACUAUUCCAGAAAAGUUAGGGCAGGCCAAACUUUCUCAUGAUUUCUGCCAUCAAAAUGCCUGAGCACUGGGAAAACAAUUCAAUCUGACUUUGCCACAAGCACGGGAUGUCGUGAAUACUUGCUCACAGUGUCAGCAGACUCGUUCUUUGCCACAAAUGUUAGGUACAAAGCCACAGGUGUUGAAACCUAAUGACAUCUGGCAAACAGAUUUAACACACAUUUUGAGCUUUUGGGCUUUUAAAUAUGUCCAUGUUUCUGUUGAUACCAUUUCUGGAUUCAUACUAGCAACAGCACACAAGGCUGAGAAAUCCAUGGGAAUUUGAUGGCAAUUUGGGAGGGGAGCUGAGGGAUUCUAAAUUCCAAAUGCCCCGAAUGCUGUCAUUUCGUUGGGAAUUUGGGAGGGGUGAGGGGCCCUGCGGGGAAGAGGGAGAAUUGGAAACCCAAUCUGGUAAUUGCCCUCUUGUUUUCUCCCCCGCAGGGCGGCGAGGCCUGGAUCCAUUCCCUCACCUAGCCUUUAAUUACUCGCAGCAGUCAGCAAUUGUUUUGCAACAUUCCCUGUAAAAUUCAGAUUUAAUUAGCAUUUGAUUUUUAUAAAAGGCUUUUCAGAUAAUUUAGAUGUUUUAAAAAACCCUUGUAGAAAUUUUUUAAACUACCAAUUUGUGAAUUUUAGCAAUUGCAAGAAAUAAAAAGAGAGAACUAAAGGAACAAUUUGGAACAUGUUUUGUUGUUUUUUAACAAUUUUUAUAUGUUUUUAUUAAUUAAAAUGUUUUAAUUUUUAACUGUAAGAAGUGCUGCUGGAGUUUCCCUGUCCAGUUUCCUAGUCAAACCUUAACCAAUGUUCCUUUUAAUAAUAUAUUACUAUAAAUUGGCAAAAGCACAAAUUAAGUUUAAAAAAAAAAAUUAUAGAAUUAUCCUUUAAACUCUGGAUAUUGCAUAUUUGGAAAGGGGCCUGCAAAAGGCCAUAAUCACAGUGAUGAUAUUAAAGGGUGAACUUAAGGUUUUUAAUUUAAAUUAAAUAUAAGUUUUGUAACAACUAAUUUUUAAUGAUAAUAUUUGAUUUGUUAAUUUGAAGAGUUGUUGAUUUGAUUUGAGAAUGCAAAAUACCUUUUUGAAAUUUUUAAACAGUGUGUUUUUACAAAAGUAAAGAUUAUUAAUUCAAUUAAAUGUAUAAAAAGAUUAAUUCUUAUUCAGGUUUUCAAUUUUGAAGAACUAUGUGUUUUUUAACCCCAAAACCAAAAAUACCAAAUGCUUUAUUAGCUUUGAUUUUAAUUAUUGAUUAAUUUGCCCUUUUUAUUUCAAAUGUAUGUCUUUGUAUUGUUUUUUAAAAUCACUCUUUGUUAUAUUUGAAGUAAUUUUGAAAAUUAACCCCGUUGUUGAGUUGUAUAUUACAGAAAGAAUAUUGUAACUACACCAAAGUCGACUAUGCUACAUUCGAUCAUGACCAUUUACUGAACUGAAUUUCCUUGAAGAGAAAAAAACCCCUUCAAACUUGAGUUUUCCAAGAGAAGAACAAGAUAACUGAAGUUUUUAAUAAUUGUCCAGAAAAUCAGCCAAGGAAGAUCAGCCAAAUUGAUGUGAAGAACAUCUCCUUGCUUUGCUUUGUAUUAUGAAAUCAUUUGUAGUUGUAUUAAUAAAAGAAAAGUUAAAUUGUCAAAAGAAUAGUAACCAGGAGCCAGUUGGUUUUUAAUCAGUUUAAUACUAUACCUCCGAGUUUUAAAUCAUAAGUUUGAGUUAAAAUUAAAAGAAAAUUUAUAUUUGAUUAACAUGAAAUAAAUUUGUUUGUUUUAUACCUUUAACUCCUGGAGACUAUGAAACAUCCUUCUUUGGAACACCCUUUAUAUGAAAUAUCCUAUGAUGUAAUGUUAAGCUCUUUUAUGAAAUGUUAAAUCCUUUUUGAGCUUGUUACUUUUAAGUUCUCGCUUGACAAUUUAAGAAUAAUUUUUAUCUAUCUUUUAAGGCCAAUGUUUAUAAAUUAAUUAUUCAAAGUCAAGAUACUAUUUCGCAGUUAAUUGAGGAAAUUAAUAAAAUUAUAGAAAGAAAAUAUAAUCAGUAAAAAACAAGACAAGUAUAAGCUAAAUUAGACAUAUUAAAAAUUGAGGGUUUUUUAAAAUUUUUAAAUUUUUAAAUUUGUUUUAUUUUGUAUCUGUAAAAUUUUAUGAUUUAUUACACUAAUACCCUUUGUUAUUUUAGUUAAACUUCAAUGCCCUUCUUUUUGUAAUAGAAAAUCUGGAUAUGUUGUAGUGUGUUUUUUCUUGAUUUGUAAGUUGAUUGUUUCUUUAUACUGUUCCCAUUUCGUUCCCGCCUUUUCCCAGAAUUUUUGUCACUUUUCUUGUUGUUGCUUGCUAGUUUCUAUUUCUCCAAACUCUAUCAGUACACUGAAACUGUUCUCCUCCCCUGGGAUUUUUUAUUGGUUCAUACAUUGUGGUUCCCGCCUUGUUUUUUACUCCCAAUUCUCCUGAUUUGUUAAAGAUUGCACCCUCCCCUGAGACCUGCCCCCAAAUAUAAGCUCCUUUUUCCCCCGGAUCGGGGUCCCGGGAGGCAGAAGAAGGGGAAGUUUACCAUCCAAUAAAGUUACCCCGGGACCAUGGAGCAUCCCUGUCCGUUGUUCUCCGGCAGAUGUUCCAGAAGUUUCUGCGCAUUCAGCGCAGAGAGACCGGGAGCAGUGCAGCUGAGGGCCCCGCCGAGCCUGACUCGGGGCUGACCGAGCUCCAGGCAGAGCCUGAUGUCAGCCUGGAUUCAGCUGAGCUCUCACAAGACUUGGACACAACAAUUUAUGAGGACGGAGAAAACGGAGACGAGGCACUGGCACAGGUUGUGGCCAUCACAAAUGCCAAAUCCAGAGGGACUGAAGCCACCACAAAUACUUGCACCAUGCCCAUUCCCACAGUUAUUCAUGCUGCCACUAUGGAAUUUUUUGAGGAGAGUGCUGUUCCUUCUCAGCAGCAGGUGCCAGCCAUUGUAAGGAACAUCCACCAGAGGCUGCUGUCCCAUGACACUGUGGAUGCCAGGCUGCAAAUUGACAUUGUGAGGCUGGCUGAAGAACACCCUCCUGACGUGGUGCUGACCCUCCUGCGCUGUGCCCCAACGUGUGACGGGUUUGCAGUGCAGACCAUGAAGGCUCAGCUCUACCGACUGCAGUGUGACAAGGAGGUGAUGGCUGUGGAGUGCAAGCGUGGCUGGGACACGCUGCUGUGUGCUCACACCCAGCACUAUGCCGUGGGUCUGCUGGCCAGGUGA